GUUGUUUGGGGGUCAUCUAUAAAAAGAAAAGUACUGCCUGUCUCGGUUAUCACUGUCAACAAAGUCUCACCCCUCCUUGGAAGGCCAAUCUCUAGCUGGGAGAAUUUGGGGAAGCAACUGGGGCCUUAGAAUCAACCAGUCAUCCUCCCCAGAAAGGCAAAAAAGCAAGAAGUAAAAAAUGAAGACAAACUACCUUGAAAUGGUCCCAGUGUUGGCAGCUGUGAUCCUGGUGGAAAUUUUUCAGGUCAGGGGUCAAAUGUUAAGCAUGUCUUCUGAUACUUUUGAUGACCAAUAUCUGAAGUGUGCUGGAAGAAUGGAGACCAAAUUUGUUCCCAGAUUGCUCAUUGAGGAAAGAAACAACCAUAAACUUUUCCAUUCUGUGUGGACAGAAGCAGCAUCCCAGUGGGAUUUAAAGAAGGCACGGUUGUUGCUCCCUCCUGACUUCCAGGAUAACCACGGCAUAGCACUCGUGGCCUUCACAUCACAGGCUCAAGGGCAAACUCCCUUUUACCAGGAGUUCAGCUCUGCUGUAGAAAGAGCUGGCAAAUCUCGAGAUGAUUACAUCUACAGCUUUCAGUUCAAAGCCUUACACUUUUAUCUGACGAGAGCCUUGCAGCUUCUGAACAGAGGGUGUUCGGAGAGUUACAGACACCCCGUAUACACCAAAAGCCUUUUUACUUCAUCUGGGCCUCAUGGACACGAUGAGAUCAGGUUUGCUCAUUUUACCGCUUUCAGUGUCAAACCUGAACCCAUAUCUGGCUCAGAAACAUUGUUCACUGUCUACACAUGUUUUGGCAUUUCUACAGAAAUGGUUUCUGAUUCAAUAAACAGAAGCAUCUUAAUACCUCUGAAUGAGGUUUUUAAACUGACCCAGGAAGGCAGUCCAAGCAACUUUGUCCUUAGAAGCAUGAACAAGACCUGCAGCCAUUUUGACUGUGCAUACCUUGGAGCCUUGAAAACAGAAAACUGUGUUGACAACACUGGACAGCUUAGGUCCAGAUUCACCAACUUCCCUGGAUUGAAACCCAAAGGAAAAGAAGAUGAGAUCACUGAACUGAAAAGCCAUAAACCUCAUGUUCCAGAAAAAACAGAUGAAGAACAAGAGCCUGCUAAGGAUUCUGGUCAGAGAAGUCUAGACUAUUUCGACAAUCAUGCCCCAGCUGUUAUUCCAUUUCCCAGCAACCACCCCACUGUGGUCUCCGCUUCCACCUCCUUUGGGGAGAUGCCGCUUCCCCUGUUUGGGAGGGUUCUUCUUUUGAUUGGCGCUUUUAUGGUCAAGCUCUUUGCUCAGCCGUGAUGUGUACUGGCUCUUUAAGUAAAUGUAUUCAUUGUGAGCACAGGCGACUAGAUCCUGAUUAUUGACUAUUUAAGGAAAUGGAAAGGGUUAUGAAAUUCCUCAUAUUUUCUACUGAUAAAACUAGAUGUAAUCCUCUUUGUAAACAGAAGCCCAGUAUGCUAGUAGUAAGGAUAUCUCAGAAUACUUGUUAAUCUUCCACUUGUGGAUUUAUGUAUUAAUCUUAUAGUUGUAUAAAUUUGGUGUUUCUGUAUGAAUGCAAUAAAAGACUAAGAAAAAGAGUAGAACUGAAAUUAAACUUUAAUGUUACUACUGAAUAGCUCUAAUAAUGAUAGCUAGCUUCAGUUUAAUAACUUAUUUUUUUUUUAUAAUCCACUCUUGCCUUUGACCAAUAUUCACUAUUCAGUAUUACUAUGUACAAGAUACUGUCCUGGGUAUUUGGGGGAGCACUGUGUAUGUGAACUUCACUUCUUGUCAUUGUAAAAUAAAGGAACUAGACUGUA